GUGAAACCUCCCUGAGAGAGAGGGAGAGAGGAAAGAGAGAGAGAGGGGAGAGAGCUUCAGACGCGUGCUUUGAGGGCGGAAGGCGAUUCUCUCUCUACACUCGUACCACUGACACUGUCGUCUCGGGCUCCGAGUGUGUGGGCAAAAGCCUGCGAGCUAAGCUUGCUUACCGUCAACCACUCAACUGAGGUAGAAAGGUUGCCCACCCCUUACCCCCAUUUUUUCGGGGGUGUAUGUAGUGGUAGUAGUUGUAGGGUUAGGGAUAGGACAUUAGUGUUGGUAUCGGGGUUUACAGCGGCGUAGUAACCCGCAUGUUAUAAUAUAUAGGCGCAGUCUAUACGUACAGUCUAUAGGAAGGAGUGCGUUUAGUGUGUGCGCGCGUGCGUGUGUGUGUCUAUGGUCGCCUCUAUAUAUAGGGCAGCAAAGCACACGGGAAGGGCAGCAAGCCCUCGGGGGCUAGGGGGCUGCCCUGCGUCAUGUGAAGUGCUGCUGGUUGCUGGCUGCUGGUUGCUGCCCUCGGCUCAAGCAGUGCACUGGAGUCUGUGAGAGCCAUCAGCUGUCACGUGGUGCACAGCUGCUACCUGCUGCCGGAAUCGACGGCCACCGCUUGACCUUGUGCCCACCUGGAUGAAGAUCAAGCGAUUUAUUGUCAUAAAUACAGAGAUAUUUUGGGGUGCCCCACCUUGCACGAUUUGGAUUCGGCAGACCCUGACUGACCCCGUGCCUCUGGGCGCCCGGUGAACCCGAGAGGAUCGCGGCGCGGAAAUAAAGUUCACGGCAAGACCAACGAGAGCGCUCGGCAGGUGUUUGCGCGGAGACGCGGCCGCCCUCGGGUCCGGAAACCCCGUUGGAACGUCGCUGGAACGUUGGAAAUACGGCGGUGUGCUCGCAGUCGCGGCCACCCCCACCCCACCCCCGCCACGUGAGAGAGCUCUGCCGCGUGCUCGUUCAUCGCAGACUCGUCUCGAGAGGAAUGGCUGAUUUGGAUUCCGCCUGUGGUCUCUGAGACGCCGCCGCCGUAGCGCCGAGGCCGAGCCGCGUGGCACCCUGAAGCGGCUCGUCUGUCCGCGACGCUCGCCCACCGCAUGUGAGCGCCGAGACGACCGCUUCGGCCCGGCUCAUGCCGUGGGGCAAAGUGAGAGCGGUCGGGCAAUGAUGAACCAGGGCAAGGCGGCAGUGAAGACCAGCUCCCAGCAGCAGCAGCAGCUGCAAGGCAGCAGCCCGGGUAUGGCAGGCACCCUGGGCUCAAAGGGCAUGGGUCCUGGCGGCCACCUGACCACCAAGGGGGCGGCACCGGGCGCCCUGAGGGUCGGCAAGGGUCGCGGCAAGCGGGAGCGCAGCGAGUCGCUGGAAUCGCGAGACCAGCGCGAGACCAACGCCUCCAACGCGGAGUCCGACUGCAAGGACAUGGUGUCCCGCGGCAAGCGGAAGUGCGUGCUGGAGAAGAAGACCCCUUACAGCGGAGACGAGUGGUGCUCGGGGCCCGACAGCGAUGCCGACGACAAGCCCUUCCUCGCCGCCAGUGCCGCCCCCACUCAACCCGAGCGGCACCCAAGGAAUGGAACGCGUCCGAGAGGACGUCCACCGAGGAGGAGAUGGAGCGAUGAAAUCGGUUCGUGUGCAGCUGCUCGGAUCAUUAUUACAUCGCUGGAUCGUGAGAGGUGGCGGCGGUUUGGCGAGGCCACCGUCCAGCAUCGGAUUGACCAUGGCUCACGAUAAUGAUGAUGAUGCUUUGCGGAGCUCCGAUGUGUUUCUGGAUCGCACCGCGUGUUGCUUGGCAUGAUGCCCGACGUUUCGCUCCACGUGCUGGGAGCUUCUUCAGGAACUGAUUUUAGCAACUCACGUUCUAUAUGUAGCAGCGGUUGAAUUUCCUCGGCAUUUUUUUGUUAUUUUAAUCUUAGUGUAUUCGACGACAACCUGUCGAAUCUUAGUCAA